CGGGAGGGACACUCAGCCCGCGGUGGGAGGCGGCGGAGCAGCAGCGAUCGUCUCUUCCGACGCCCUUGGUAAGAGCGAAACUAAGCGGGCGGCCGACUAACGGGGACGCGGCCUUCUUCCGAAACACCAGCGGAGAAGGCUUGAAGGUCCCGAGAAGCCUUGAAGAGCCCACGGCUUAGUGUCGCCGAUCGGCCCCCGCUUCCUCGCCGCUUGACUCAUAUAUGGGAUUAAAGUGGAAUUGAUCACUCUUAUGCAUGGCCUUUGUUGGGACCUGUCCUAGUCCUGUUGGAAAUGUCCCCAACAUUUGAUACCACCAACUGUGGUAUCCUUCUGAACUGCCUACAAGGAAAACAUAUUUUGAAACUAUAAAGCGAGAAAUGUCUUCACUGAAGGGUAAAGUUCAGACUGUGUUGGGCCUUAUAGAGCCUAGCCAGCUGGGCUACACUAUGACCCAUGAACACUUGACGAUGGGCUUCAGCUGCUUUUACUACCCACCACCUCCAGGUCAAGAAGCUCUCUCUGAAAAACCCAUUGAGAUGAAAAACUUGUUUUGGCUUAAACAGAAUCCAUACAGCCACAAAGAGAAUCUUCUGCUGUAUGAAGAGAUCAGUGCCGUGAGAGAAGAACUCCUGCAUUACAAGGCUGCAGGUGGUGGGAGCAUAGUGGAAAAUACAACCACUGGGAUCAUGCGGGAUGUGAAGAUGCUAAAACAGCUUGCAGAAGAAACUGGUGUCCAUGUUAUUGCUGGGGCAGGUUUUUAUGUAGAAGCCACUCAUUCUCCUGAGACAAAAGCUAUGUCGGUGGAACAGUUGACAGAAGUUAUUGUUAAUGAAGUUCUCAAUGGAGCUGAUGGAAGCAACAUCAAGUGUGGUGUAAUAGGAGAAAUUGGUUGCUCUUGGCCUCUGACAGAAAGCGAAAACAGAGUCCUUAAGGCAACAGCACAUGCCCAGUCCCAGCUUGGUUGCCCAGUCAUCGUCCAUCCAGGUCGAAAUAGUGAUUCACCUUUCCAGAUCAUUCGAAUUUUGCAGGAAGCUGGGGCGGACAUCUCAAAAACUGUGAUGUCUCAUUUGGACAGGACUAUAUUUGAUGAGAAGAAACUAUUAGAGUUUGCCAAACUUGGAUGCUACUUAGAAUAUGACCUUUUUGGAACAGAAUUUAUUUCCUAUCACUUGAAUCCUGGUGUUGACAUGCCAAGUGACAACGAUAGAAUUUUAAGAGUUCAGAUGUUGAUUGAAGAAGGUUAUGAUGACAAAGUUGUAAUUGCUCAUGACAUACACACAAAACAUAGAUUAAAGAAAUAUGGUGGCCAUGGCUAUUCUCAUAUUCUUGAAAAUAUUGUCCCAAAAAUGCUCAUGAGAGGAAUAUCUCAAAAUAAAAUUGAUCAGCUAUUGAUAGAAAAUCCCAAACAGUGGCUGACAUUUAAAUAAGAAAAAUUAAGUGUGGCUGUGAUUGUGUUUGCUUCAGCGAAAGUAAAACAUUGAAAUUGAAAUACUUUUUGGAUUGGGGCAAAUGAAAUUGUACUUUUGGGGAACAGUACAAGAAAAUAGGGUUUUUAAUGUCUCAUCCCCAACUUUUUGAUUGUAUGGUGGCAGUUUAAAACAUUUACAGAAUAUAUAUAUA